CCUCUCGCCCUGACUCUCCCUCUCCUCCUGUCUAACCAGCAGAGGGGGGAAAUAACGAGAGGGGGCUCCGUGUCAUCGCCUUUGCAACUGAGGUCCCAGGAUUCUUGAGCUGUGCCCAGCUGACAAGCUUUUGAAGAUGGCACAAUAACAGUUCAGUGAUGCCUGACCAUGACAGCACAGCCCUCUUAAGCAGGCAAACCAAGAGAAGAAGAGUUGACAUUGGAGUGAAAAGGACGGUAGGGACAGCAUCUGCAUUUUUUGCAAAGGCAAGAGCGUCGUUUUUUAGUGCCAUGAAUCCCCAAGGUUCAGAACAGGAUGUUGAGUAUUCAGUGGUGCAGCAUGCAGAUGGGGAGAAGUCAAAUGUGCUCCGCAAGCUGCUGAAGAGGGCAAACUCAUAUGAAGAUGCCAUGAUGCCUUUUCCAGGAGCAACCAUAAUUUCCCAGCUGUUGAAAAAUAACAUGAACAAAAAUGGUGGCACUGAGCCCAGUUUUCAAGCCAGUGGUCUCUCCAGCACAGGCUCAGAAGUACAUCAGGAGGAUGUGUGCAGCAACUCUUCAAGAGACAGCCCCCAAGAGUGUCUUUCCCCUUUUGGCAGGCCCACGAUAAGCCAGUUUGAUAUGGAUCGGUUAUGCGAUGAGCACCUGAGAGCUAAGCGUGCCCGGGUUGAGAAUAUCAUUCGGGGGAUGAGCCAUUCCCCAAGUGUGGCGUUAAGGGGCAAUGAAAAUGAAAGAGAGAUGGCUCCACAGUCUGUGAGCCCCCGAGAAAGUUACAGAGAAAAUAAACGCAAGCAAAAGCUGCCUCAACAGCAGCAGCAGAGUUUCCAGCAGCUGGUUUCAGCUAGGAAAGAACAGAAGCGAGAGGAGCGCAGACAGCUGAAACAGCAGCUGGAGGACAUGCAGAAACAGCUGCGCCAGCUGCAAGAAAAGUUCUACCAAAUCUAUGACAGCACUGAUUCUGAAAAUGACGAAGAUGCCGGUAACCUGUCUGAAGACAGUCUGCGCUCAGAAAUGCUGGAUGCCAGAGCAAGAGAUUCUGUGGGCAGGUCAGAUAAUGAAAUGUGUGAGUUAGAUCCAGGGCAAUUCAUUGAUCGUGCAAGGGCUCUGAUCAGGGAACAGGAGAGAGCUGAAAACAAACCUAGAAAAGAUGGCCCAAAAGAUAAAGAGCACGGGCCAAACUCUUUUCACCCAGAAGGCAAACAUCUGGCUGAGACAUUGAAGCAGGAACUGAACACGGCCAUGUCUCAGGUUGUGGACACAGUGGUCAAGGUUUUCUCUUCUAAACCUGCCCGCCAACUUCCUCAGGUCUUCCCGCCUCUUCAGAUCCCCCAAGCAAGAUUUGCCGUGAAUGGGGAAAACCACAACUUCCACACAGCCAACCAGCGGCUCCAGUGUUUCGGUGAUGUCAUCAUCCCAAACCCACUAGACACCUUUGGCAAUGUGCCGCUGCCUAGUUCCACAGACCAAACAGAAGCACUGCCCCUAGUUGUCCGCAAAAAUUCAUCUGACCAGUCUGCCUCGGGGCCCCCACCCGGGAGCCACCAUGCUGCUCUCCAUCAGUCUCCGCUCUCCGCUGCCACAGGCUUCACUUCAUCUUCUUUCCGCCACCCGUUUCCGCUUCCGCUUAUGGCAUACCCAUUUCAGAACCCCUUAGGUGCUCCUUCUGCCUCCUUUCCAGGGAAAGACAGAGCUUCCCCAGAAUCCUUAGAUUUAACAAGGGAGACCACAAGCCUGAGGACCAAGAUGUCAUCGCACCAUAUGAACCAUCAUCCUUGUUCACCAGCACACCCACCCAGCAGCGCCGAGAGCCUCUCUAUUUCUCUCAUCAAGUCCGAGUGUGGUGACCUACAAGAUAUUUCGGAAAUCUCGCCUUACUCGGGGAGUGCGAUCUACAUGCAGGAAGGGUUAUCGCCUAAUCACUUGAAAAAGGCCAAGCUCAUGUUCUUUUAUACCCGGUACCCAAGUUCCAAUAUGCUGAAAACGUACUUCUCAGAUGUAAAGUUCAACAGAUGCAUUACCUCUCAGCUCAUCAAGUGGUUUAGCAAUUUCCGUGAGUUCUACUACAUUCAGAUGGAGAAGUAUGCACGCCAAGCCAUCAACGAUGGGGUAACGAGCACUGAAGAGCUAUCUAUAACCAGAGACUGUGAGCUGUACAGAGCCCUCAACAUGCACUACAAUAAAGCUAAUGACUUUGAGGUUCCAGAGAGAUUCCUGGAAGUGGCUCAGAUCACAUUACGAGAGUUUUUCAAUGCCAUUAUCGCAGGCAAAGAUGUUGAUCCUUCCUGGAAGAAGGCCAUAUACAAGGUCAUCUGUAAGCUGGACAGUGAAGUUCCUGAGAUUUUCAAAUCCCCAAACUGCCUCCAAGAGCUCCUCCAUGAAUAGAGAUUUCAACCACUAUUUAUGAAUGUAUAAAGAAGUAGCAGACCCCCCUCCUUUUGAUGCCCAAGUUGUGUGUGUGCUUGCGUGUGCGUGUCUAUAUUAAUUUCAUAUACAUAUAUAAUAUAUUCAAUAUGUGUAUAUGA